GGAGCUGCACGCUUGCAGUCAGACAGGCAGUUCGCUAGCAGGCUACUUAACGCAGAAAUGUCUCUGUAGGCUUUCUUUUGUGUGACAUUAAAUCUCCCGUGGUCACCAUAUAUUUAAACUAUAUUAGCGAGCUGGCAAGUUAGCCAGCUAACCUUUAGCUAGCUACCUAGUCAGCUUUUUAGCUAGCUAAAGCCAACAAUAGUCGUAUACACAUUUAGGCUUAACGCUGUCUAAGCUUCAGACAGAAGAAGGUUGUGAUCAUUCUCUACGAGCAAGUGAAAGGAAUGCUUGAAUCAAUCAAAGUAACCGAGAGGCUCCACUGGCCAGAGCUGGAGUUGUCCAAGAAGUACAUUCUGAGUCCCACAGAAAGGCAUGUCAGCCUAAGCCAGGCUGGCUUACAGAAGCUGUCAUCCAGUGUGCUCAAAGACAUCUUUACAACUGGCACCAGUAGCUACAACGUGCUGCUACAGACCGAGGAGGAGAGGAAGAGCCCCAAGCACUCACCCUACAAAAAGGCCCUGAAGUCUGCGAGAUGCUCAUCCACCUCGAACGGAAAGGACUGCCAUCAGUCGUCCCUCAGCCCUCCGGCUCUGGUAGGACCCGAGUGGGGUGGGGACGCCAAGCACAUCCCCUGUGUCUCGGGCAGCCCCCGGCUGGGCCACAGCAUCGCUGUGACGGGCAACACCAUGGGCCUGGCGCCUCGUCCACGCACCCGGCCCAGGAAGCUCUGCUUCUCCGGUGGCGUCCCCCGAACCAGGCUCCCUCUGCUGGCCGUGGGAGGUGCCGCGCGCGAUGCGGAGAACUCCGUCAGGAAGCUGUGCAUCCUCACCGCCAUAAAGCCUUCCAACGUGGAGAAGGAGAAGCUCAAGUUUUUCAAGUCUGACUUCACGUACAACCCGCAGUUUGAGUACAGCAACCCUGUAUCCCCGAUUGUGCUGGCCCGACACAACAAUGCAUCUGACAAAUUCCUCACACAGGCUGUCCGAAUAUUGGAUCUGGCCGUGCAGAAGUAUGGAAAUUAUGAGAAGUUCGAACAGGCCACUGGAGGAAGCCUCCUUACCAAGAGCCGUAUCUGGUAUCAUGUGAAGAAGUACAUGGAGAAGGAGGGUUGCAUGGGGGAGAUUGUAGUCCACCUGACAGAUGACCUCCUCUCCAGGGCCUCUAUGACCGUGGUGAAUGGUCGCCCAACCUUGACCAUCAACAUCUCCACGGCUCGGGAGCACUGGUUGGAGGGUAUGCUGAGACAUGAGAUAGGCACUCAUUAUUUCCGUGGGAUCAACAACAACCAGCAACCGUGGAGCAGCAGCGCCGGGAGGAAGAAGCACAACCUGAGGCCGUUGAACCCAACGGAGGAAGGCCUGGCCAGCAUCCACAGCGUGCUGUUCCGCAAGGACCCCACGCUGUGGCGCGCGGCCCUGCUCUACUACACAGUGUACCAGGCCAGCCGCCUGUCCUUCUCCCAGCUCUUCCACAGCCUCCGACGCUUCGUGAAAGAUCCCAGCACCCGCUGGGACUACUGCGUCCGUGCCAAAAGGGGACAGACCGACACCGCCCAGCCAGGAUGCUUCAGUAAGGAUCAGGUUUACCUUGAUGGCAUCUUGAAGAUCCUGAGACACAGAGAGAAGAUCGACUUCCUGCUCUUGACUGCACUGGGGAAGGUGUCCUACGAGGAUAUAGACAGGCUGGCGGUCCUGGCUACUAUGGAGCAUGUGCGGAUCCCCCACUUCCUCCAGGACCAGGCACGCUAUAGGGAGCAGCUUGACAAGAUCAUGGAGGUCAACCAGCUGACUGACGAGGAGCUGCAGGAGCUCAUCUGAGCAUGCUCAGAAACGACGCUCAUCAAAUCUACUGUGGCUGGUCCCAUGUCCCUCACCUGCCUUGAGCCAACCUUAAAGUCAUUACAGCAGCUGCCCUGAUAUGUGCAAAAUUUGUAGUAUUUUGAAGCUUUAUUGUUUUGUA